UGGAAAGAAAAAGAAAUAUUCAUCUAAACAAUAGUUUUCCUCUCUUUUUCUCUCGAUCUUUAAUUUUCUCUCACUUGGGUUUCCUCCGAAUCUCCCCAAAUUUACCUUCACAUUCUCCAAGUUUCCCCAUUAAAACCAAAAAAGAAAAGGAAAAAGAAAAGACAAUACAAAAGCAUGGAAUCAGUGGUGGCGACGGUGAGUGGGUACCGCGGCUCAGAGCGGUUCAAUCUAAUCAAGCUCAUCUCUCAUGCAGGCGCCAAUUAUGUUGGCUCUUUGUCUCAAUCAACCACCCAUUUGGUAUGUUGGAGAUUCGAAGGAAGAAAAUAUGAACUUGCUAAGAAGUUAAAGACGAUAAUCCUAAAUCAUCGGUGGUUUGAAGAUUGUAUAAAGGAAGGGAAGCGUUUGCCUGAGGCUCCUUAUAUGUUGCAAAGUGGAGAAGAAAUGGGACCUUUGUUGCUGGAGAUCCAUGAUCUUGCAAAGGAGGAUGCCUUGACUAAAAGAUGCAAAGUGUUUUCAGACAAAUCCAAUGUUCAUGAUGAUGCUAGAGAUGAAACAAUUGAUAUUGGCUAUGGAGGUUCUGGCUUAUCUGGUUGGUCGAAAUCUGCAUUGUUGGAUGAGAAUCUAUUUUCAGGGCUUGAGAAAAUCAAGGGUUGUUCCUCUAAACUGAAAUCUAAACCAUUUAGAAAAUCUUUGAAGGAGGAAAAUUGUUUUAGUAGUAGAAACUACUUUCAGGAGACUAGUUCAUAUGGAUUAGAUAGGAAAAAGCAUGGACAGUCAAGUUCUGAUGCUUCUAUACCUCCUAUGAGGAACAAAAGGAAGAUCUCAAAGAACAAAGAGCUGAAUGCUCAUUGUUCCACUCACUUGAUGAGGGAAGAAAGAAACAUUCCUAACAGUAGCAGAGACACUUGUUUGGCUGAAUCUUGUCAGAGAAACAGACGGAGGCUUGUGAAGAAUGUUAAUAGAGAAAUUGUUGUGUCUGGCCUUUCAGAUUCUGAGCAAGAGUGCUAUCCACCCAGGGUCCAUGAGCAAUACAGUGGAGUUAUAUAUCCAUCUGACCAUUCACUUGAUCAAAGGACUGUUAGUUUAUUUGAAAUUGGAGCACCAUCUAGUUAUGACUUCAGUAAGCAUAGGGGAGUAGAUGAAGAAAUUGAAGAAGUUGAGGAGAUCAAAUUAUGGAACCAUCAACUUCCUUCCACAAGUUCAACUUUGCCUGUAAAGGAUGCACCAUCUGUCUCUGAAAGACCUUCACCGGAUGGGUGCUUUGAUGUUGAGAAAGAAAGCCAAGAUGUUGGUCAAAUAGAGCUUGCUUCCAGAUUACCCAAUUCAACGGAAUUAUCAUGUGUUAUAUGUUGGACUGAGUUUAGUGCAACCAGAGGGGUUUUGCCUUGUGGACAUCGAUUUUGCUAUUCAUGUAUCCAGGACUGGGCUGACCAUAUGAUUUCAAGGAGAAAGACUUCAACCUGUCCUUUGUGCAAGGCAAGUUUCAUGAGCAUCACUAAGGUGGAGGAUGCGGCCAUCUGUGAUCAAAAAAUUUUCUCCCAAACCAUUCCAUGUGCCACAUCAGCAAUGGAUGUUUCUAUUCUUCCUGAUCAAGAAAGACCUAGUUUUGGUGUUCAGUCUUCAUCAGCUUUUGUUUGCGUAAAGUGCCGUUGUCGAGAACCUGAGGAUCUUCUUGUCAGCUGUCAUCUUUGCCUGAUAAGAAACAUCCAUACAUACUGUCUUGAUCCUCCUUUAUUACCAUGGACCUGCAUUCACUGCAAGGAUCUGGAGAGGCUCCCCUCUUAUUCCUUCUAAUAUAGAUAUCUUGAUACUGAUAAUUCAUCUAGAAGAUGAUCAUCUACUACUGCAGCAUUCUUUUAACCUUGAGUUGUCUAUAACAUGAUGCUGUAUUUUCUGUAAAAAAGUAUCCUUUGUGAUAGUGGUUAUGCUAGCUGUUUUUUGAACCAAAGGUUCUUGAUGCAUGUCUGGCAGAUUUGUCCUGUUUAUUCUUACUUGAUGGCAUAUGAACUGCAACAAUCUCCAAAUUCUCUGUUAGUACUACAUCAACAUGAUGUGUGAUAAUAAGUUUCGGAAUAAGAUGCAAGGAGUUAUAUCACCCUCUUUUUGAUGAAUGGGUAACAUCUUCUAUUUUUAUUCUUUUUGCCCUGUUGUUGGUGAAUUAAUUGUGUUGAUGAUGCUAGAUGCAUGGCCUGUCUUGCCUGCGUGAUGUUUUGUGUUUGUGAUAUACUGGUUGUGAUACACGUGAGAUAUUUUUGGUUAUCAUUUGCUGGCUGUGGUUCCUGUUGUAUUGAACCCUCUUGAACAGUUGGGAAUUUUUGCUGGAUUAGUAUGAGAAUUCUGAAUUGGAAUGUUAGGUUGCCUUAAGAGUGCAGUAAAAGUAAGAACUCUUAGAAGAAUUGUCAGCUGCACCAAGUCAGAUAUGGUUUUGAUCCAAGAGACCAGAAUGGAAUCCUUGGAUGACGGAUGGUUAAGGAGAUUCUAGGGGGAUAAUAACUUUGGUUGGGUAUUUGGACCGUCUAUAGGAAGAUCCAGGGGACUUUUGAAGGCUAUAAAUGAAAUGGGUUGGUGGACAAUGCGUUGGAUGACCACAGGGCAGCAGAUAGCAAAGAAGACCAGAAGUGGUAUUUCAUGGAUACUCCCGAGUGACAAUGAAUUAAAAUAUCACGUUGAUGGCUCUGCGGGAGGCAAACCCGGUGGGUUGUGGUGGCGUAUUUAGGGACGGUAAUGGCUGUGGGCUAUGUGAAAGAUUGUAUUUUUUCUUUGGUUUACUGGAACUGUUAGAAUCUAUGAACGGAUUGUAGUUUUUUA